AUGGGCUGUGCGGGAUCGAAAACUAAGGACGAUACGUCUCCUCCUCGACGGAGAGAUGCAUCAGAGGAGGCCGUUCCCGCUCCGAAAGUUGCACCGGACGAUUUAUCAGAUAAUGGACCAUUGCUAGCGCAAAGCCCGAAGAUUAAAGCCCAAAGCGGCCUUUCAGAACCUAGUAGAUCCGACAAAUCCCCAACCGCGGCACCGGCAGAUCAAUUGUUAUCACGAGACGAUGGACCAGCAGCAGAUUCUCAACGGUCAAAUCCACCGACACAGGUUACCGGGUUACCACCAGGAGGUCCACCGGGGUUACACGGAUCGCCAGCUGUUCCCGCGCAGGAGCAGUCACCGCAGAGCGAAUUGGCAGCAGUGCCAGCGCCGUCGCCGGGGCCCACAGGAGCGCGGAUUGCGGCUCAGACGUUCACGUUUCGAGAGCUGGAGCGAGCGACGGGCGGGUUCUCCGAGAAGAAUUUUAUAGGCGAGGGCGGGUUUGGUCGCGUGUACAAAGGGUGGCUGGAGUCUACAGGCCAGGUGGUAGCUGUGAAGCAGUUGGAUAGGAACGGCGUGCAGGGAAAUCGGGAAUUUCUGGUGGAGGUGCUCAUGCUCAGCCUGCUGCACCAUCCGAAUCUCGUGAAUCUCAUUGGCUACUGCGCGGACGGCGAUCAACGGCUGCUGGUGUACGAAUUCAUGCCACGUGGCGCCCUUGAGGACCAUCUGCAUGACCUACCUGAGGGCAGGGCGAGUCUGGAGUGGAGCAAGCGCAUGAGAGUGGCAGCAGGGGCGGCCAAGGGCCUUGAGUACCUUCACGAGGAGGCUUCUCCGCCCGUCAUCUACCGCGAUUUCAAGUCCUCCAACAUCCUCCUCGACGAGAACUGGCACCCCAAGCUCUCGGAUUUCGGGCUGGCGAAGCUGGGGCCUGUGGGGGACAAGACGCACGUGUCGACGCGGGUGAUGGGCACGUAUGGGUACUGCGCGCCCGAGUAUGCGAUGACGGGGCAGCUCACGGUUAAGAGCGAUGUGUAUAGUUUCGGAGUGGUGCUGCUGGAGCUGAUCACGGGGCGGAAGGCCAUUGACAGCUCGAGGCCGCAUGGAGAGCACAACCUCGUUGCUUGGGCGCGGCCGCUCUUCAAGGACAGGAGGAAGUUCCCAGCCAUGGCGGACCCCCUGCUGCAGGGCCGCUACCCCAUGCGUGGGCUGUACCAGGCGCUGGCAGUUGCUGCCAUGUGCCUGCAGGAGCAGGCCAGCCAGCGCCCCAUGAUCCACGAUGUGGUUACCGCUCUCAACUACCUGUCGUCACAGCCCUACGACCCAAAUAACAACCCGCAACCCAGGUAA